CGCCAGUUGCGUCUUGAAGUGCCAUCAGCUGUAACCGAAGUUCCAGCUCCCGGGACCACCGCCAGGCAUCCCCACUCCCAAGGACUGAAGACCAUGGAACUCUCUGACAGCGACCGCCCAGUCAGCUUCGGCUCCACGUCAUCCUCUGCCUCUUCCAGGGACAGCCACGGGUCCUUCGGCAGCAGGAUGACCUUAGUAUCAAAUAGCCACUUGGGCUUGUUUCACCAGGAUAAGGAAGCAGGGGCCAUAAAACUGGAGCUGAUUCCAGCCAGGCCAUUUUCCAGCAGUGAGCUGCAGAGGGACAGCCCAGCCGGGCAACAGAGCACAGAUGAGGGUGACGAAAGGCAGCUCCGGGCCCAGCGGAGAGUGGAGGCAAAUGGGGCCACCAAAACGAGUGUGGAAUCGGCCACUAGCCCCAAGCUCCUCUAUGUGGAUAGAGUUGUCCAGGAAAUUCUGGAGACCGAAAGGACUUACGUGCAAGAUUUAAAAAGCAUCGUAGAGGAUUACCUUGACUGUAUCAGGGACCACACGAAACUCCCUCUGGGGACGGAAGACCGGUUAGCCCUCUUUGGAAAUAUACGAGAUAUCUACUGCUUCAACAGCGAACUCCUGCAAGAUUUAGAAAACUGUGAAAAUGAUCCCGUGGCCAUAGCAGAAUGUUUCGUGUCCAAGAGUGAAGAGUUCCACAUUUACACCCAGUAUUGCACUAACUACCCGAGAUCGGUGGCUGUGCUAACAGAGUGCAUGAGGAACAAGACACUGGCCAAAUUCUUCAGGGAACGUCAGGAAACUUUGAAACACUCACUGCCUCUGGGGUCUUAUCUCUUGAAACCAGUUCAGCGGAUUCUCAAGUAUCACCUUCUUUUGCACGAAAUAGAAAAUCACCUUGACAAGGACACAGAAGGCUAUGAUGUGGUGCUCGAUGCUAUAGACACGAUGCAGCGCGUGGCCUGGCACAUCAACGACAUGAAGCGGAAACACGAGCAUGCAGUCCGGUUGCAGGAGAUUCAGAGUUUGCUCACUAACUGGAAGGGGCCAGACCUGACCAGCUAUGGGGAACUGGUCCUUGAAGGAACCUUCCGCAUCCAGCGGGCCAAGAAUGAGCGCACCCUCUUCCUCUUUGACAAGCUGCUUCUCAUCACAAAGAAGAGAGACGACACGUUUACUUACAAAGCUCACAUCCUGUGUGGCAACCUCAUGCUCGUGGAAGUGAUCCCCAAGGAGCCGCUCAGCUUCAGCGUCUUCCACUACAAGAAUCCCAAGCUGCAGCACACGGUUCAGGCGAAGUCUCAGCAAGACAAACGCCUGUGGGUUCUGCACCUGAAGAGACUGAUCCUGGAGAAUCACGCGGCCAAGAUUCCAGCCAAGGUGAGACAACGAGGUCAACAAACAGUAAAACUCCUGAGAUACAUAUUCAGCACCAAUUGCGGAAGGAGAUACCACGUCAGGCAAGAAAGUAUAUGCAUGUCGUACCCAUAUUCUGAAAAGUCGCCAAAUGCCUCGUUCUUACAAAUAAAUGCGGUGGUUCUCUUUACAGAUUAUCCAGGCUUCUGUUACAGUCCCGAGGGAGAGACGAAAGCACUUUGCAGUUCUAAAGAUGGUUCUGCUCCUUAUCGGCUGAGAAGAAAAUCUGAACCUUCCUCAAGAUCACAUAAAAUUUUGAAGACCGGUGAAACAGCGCGAGACAUCCAAAAGGUUUCCAGAGAAGAAGCGUCUCCCCAGGGGACUUCAGCAGUGCCAUCUUCCGCCCAGAGAAACAGUCAGCCCAGCAGUUCCGCCAUCCUCAGUGUGCUUCACGGGGGCGGAACCGUCAGAAACAUCUGGACAGACCACCAGAUCAGGCAAGCCUUGUUUCCCAGUCGACGGUCCCCGCAGGAGAACGAGGAUGACGAAGAUGAUUAUCAGAUGUUCGUGCCAUCCUUCUCCUCUUCGGAUUUGAACUCUGCCAGACUGUGUGAAGAAAGCACUUCAAGUCGCCCUUGCAGCUGGCAUAUGGGACAGCUCGAGUCCACAGAGACCGCCGGCUCUGGCCACAGGGUUGUUCGGCGGGCCAGCAGUGCUGGGGAGAGCAACACGUGCCCUCCCGAAAUAAGAAUUAGCGAUGGCUCUCAGUACAGUCCCCGAAGGGAGCUGCAGAAUGACGCUAAAACAGAAGGGCAGGACAGAAUGACUCCCUUCGGGUCAUCUAUAGAGUUGACUAUUGAUGAUAUAGACCAUGUCUAUGAUAACAUAAGUUAUGAGGACUUAAAACUAAUGGUCGCUCAACGGGAAGAAGCUGAAUUCACUCCCCCCAAAUCAGCCAGAGACUCUGUGUGCCCCAAGAGCACCCCGGAGCUAGCCUUCUCCAAGGGGCAAGUGAGCCACGAGAAGAGCCCUCUCCACACAAAGAGAGCUGGAGCUCCGGCAGGUCGAGAGGCAUCAAACCAGAGCAUGCACGAACUCGAGGUGGUGGAGGAAAACAUCUAUGACACUAUAGGGCUCCCAGACCCGCCCUCGCUGGAUUGCCAGCGCAGCAGCCCAGAGCGUGCCAAGAGGGGCACCUUCUUAGGUCUAGACGCCGACUUCACGUGCUGUGACAGCCUGAGGCCCUUCGUUUCCCAGGAUAGCCUCCAGUUCAGCGAGGAUGAAACGCCUUACCACCAAGGCCCCUCUGAGAAUGAUUACUUGAGUUUGCUGUAUAACUCCUUCAGCUGUAACUUGUCCGUAGCUGAUAAGUCUAUAUCUGAUAAACUGUCUGAAGAAGUAGACGAAAUCUGGAAUGACCUGGAAAAUUACAUCAAGAAGAACGAGGUCAAAGCUAGAGACCGGCUCCUUGCAGCAUUUCCCGUUAGCAAAGAUGACGUGCAAGAUCGGCUGCACUCCGAGAGCACGCCCGAGCUGAGCAAAGACGCAGCGUAUGCCAUGUCUACGCUCUCGCUCCCCGAGAGCCAUGCCUUCCUCACGCCGCUGAAAGACAGGCCUGGCAGAGGGAGCCGGGCCAGCUGCCCGCUGGAAGGAGACCUGAUAUCUAAGGAAGGCUCCUUUAUGAGCCUCAACCGGCUCUCUCUGGCCAGCGAAGUCCCUCCUGUGGAAAAUCCCUAUGACUUGGCCAACAGCAGUCUGUCCCAAACAGACCUGGAAACCCCCGAUCCUGGGGUGGAUGCCACAGAUAAGACAAAAAGCAGGGUUUUUAUGAUGGCUAGGCAAUACAGUCAGAAGAUCAAGAAGGCAAAUCAACUUUUGAAAGUGAAAAGCCCAGAGUUGGAGCAGCCAGCAACCAGCCAGCAACAUAAAUCUGUGCACAAAGAUCUGGCAGCCAUCUUAGAAGAAAAAAAGCAAGGAGGGCCUGCCAUCGGUGCCAGGAUUGCUGAGUAUUCCCAACUGUAUGACCAGAUUGUAUUCAGAGAGACUCCCCUUAAGACUCAGAAGGAUGGCUGGGCCAGCCCUCAAGAAUCUUCCAAGCUCAGGUCUACAUCACUUUCUCAGGCCCAACAUAGUAGUGAGGAUUGGCUUUUGCAUUCAACCUAUAGUAAUGGAGAAUUAGCAGAUUUCUGUCCUCAGCCAGAGAACGACUCAAAGCCAAAAUAUCCCACUUUAGAGAUCAACACAAAAAGUACUCCAAGACAAUUGUCCACUGCUUGCUCCGUGCCUUCUCUUCAAACCUCCAAUCCUCUGCUGGGCUCCAUGCAGAGACACAGCGUGGUAGUCAGUCAACCUAACAAAGACAAUUCAUGUCAAGGCCAUCUUUACAACUCUUUGGGUCGGAAAGGAAUCAGCGCUAAAUCUCAGCCUUAUAACAGGACACAGUCAUCUUCCUCGAUCUUGAUAAACAAAUCAGUGGACUCCAUCAACUACCCUAAUGAAACGGGAAAGAAACAACUGCUGUCUUUACACAAAAGUUCAAGGUGUGAGAGUCACCAGGCUUCGCUGCCAGGUAUAAGUGACUCAUGUCAACAGGGCACUGAAAAACGCUCCGACCUCACUCUCCAAGAUUCACAGAAAGUUCUGGUAGUAAAUAGAAAUUUACCCUUAAAUGCCCAAAUAGCUACACAGAACUAUUUUUCCAAUUUCAAAGAGACUGAAGGAGACGAAGAUGACUAUGUGGAAAUAAAGUCAGAAGAAGAUGAGUCGGAAUUAGAGCUAUCUCACAGUCGUAGAAAGAAGUCUGACCCAAAGAUUGUGGAUGCUGGCUUUUCUGAUAGUGUCUGCAGCAACACAUCUUACUCUUUGAACAGUCCAUGCACUCCAAAAAAGCCAGUAAGUGGCAAACUUGGGGUUUCACCCUAUCUGACACCAUACAACGAUUCUGACAAACUGAAUGACUAUCUCUGGAGGGGGCCAUCUCCCAAUCAGCAAAACAUCGUCCAGAGUCUAAGGGAAAAGUUUCAGUGUCUGAGUUCCAGCAGCUUUGCCUAAGGCUCUUAAUAGUAGCUUCCUGAAUUAACUUCUUAUUAUGCUCAUACAUUACAGAUACUGAGAGGUGUUUUAUAUGUACCGGAUUAAAACAAUUUUGUAAUAACCAGAGGUGUAACAUAUACUUUCUUUUACAGCACAACUUUUUGAAAAGGCUGAUGAUCUAGCCAAGAUUAUACUAGAGGCAAUGUCGGCAUCUGUGUUUUCUGAUGCUGCUUGUCUUCAUGUUUCAUGUAAGUCAAUCUUACUUGAAAAUUUCCAGGUGUUUUGUUUGUUUUAACAAGAUGGCCAUGAUAUUUCCCCCAUAUCUUGACAAUAAUUGUGCCCAGACUUUAAUAAACGCAAUAAUCUUCUUAUUAUACAGAAGCCAUGAGUAGUUUUAUCCUAGGAGUAAAGGCAGCAAAAGGAGGCACUUCCACAAGUUUUAAAAAGGAAAGGAAACUAAAGCUAUUUAAAGGAUUAUGCUUAUUACAUCUGGCAUUUUCGUUCUGUUUGUGGCAAGACCCUAGAAUAACUUAAGCUAAAGAUAUCUAAUUGGAGCAUACCCUAUGGUGCCCAUUUUAGGGUUUCUUAUGGUGGUAUUCCUACAUCAGAUCAUUGCAAUGCAGAAAUUGUAUAACUGUUAGAAAUUAGAAUAUAACAGGACCACUUUUCUAUAAGCCAAAUCUUUACCUGGAUUCCUGGACAAGGCCUGGAGAAUGUGCUCCUCAUCACAUUUAUUUUAUGAUGACGAAAUGGGACAAAUGAAUGAUUCUCUCAAUAACAAAGAAAACCAAGGGCAAGAAAAUGCAAAUUGACUUAACUAUUGGAAAAGUUGGGUUGACAUCUGGGAGCAGCUUGACUACUCAUAUUUCAGUUGAAGGGGAUGAAGGAUGGGGAAAUAGCACCCUUCCUACUGUUUUUUCUUGUGCCUCUCCCUAACAACACAAAGUAAAACACAAGCAAAAAUAAAACAAAGCACUUUAAAGUUACCUUUUCUAGAGCAGUUUUUCAUACGAACUUUCAUGAAUUUUGUACUCAACCAAAUGACCUGAUCCCAACCUGGGGGAUUUCUUUGAUUGCAAUGAAAUUUAUUUCCUAACCAGACAUAACAUGGGGCCUUGUUUCAUUGUUUUGCGAAAUAUUAAAGACCAGAAUCUUUGGUUAAUAAGUUCUAACUCAUAACAUCUUUUAUGUUGUAAUUAUGGUCUCUAAAUAGCAGUUUAUUGUGUUAUGUUGAAUAAAACUCUUAAUGGAAGGAAACUGAGAAACAAAAGCAAAACCUUGUGAGUAGAAAACAAGAUGAAAGAAGCUAAAGAAAAAAAUGAAGGUGGAUUUGUUGCUCCUUUAGAAAAAUAUUGUUUUACUGAAGACUCCAGUCAGUGCAACGACGCUUCUCAAACCCUAGCUUUUGCAUUUUAAGCAGUUUUACAUUCUGUGGCCCCUUCCCCAUCCUCUGUUUUCAUUUUAAAAGAUGUAAUAAUAUGUAUAGGGUAAAGGGAUCUGGGCUUUUUAUUGAGGGUAAACAAUGAUAUUGAUUUGAGUCAGUGACAUCUUACCAUAAUUCUUUUCCUCUUUUUAAGUCCUGUGCCUCUCAGCUAUAAAACAAAAUGUGACCAUCUUUAUUGUAUAAACAGGUACCUAAGGCAUUCAUUUUUCUUUUUAAAUAACAAAAAAUAACCCUAGUUUCUUGUCUCUCUAUACCAUGUUUUCUUCUCGUAGCUUAUAAAACAAAGUCCAUAUUGAAUAGCAUGGUUCUGGAAAUAUUUUUCAUUGUCUUUCUUUAAACAUGAUAUGAAUUUUCAAGAUUAUGCAAGGUCAGAGAAGACAAGCACUGUAAGAAGGUAUAUUCUUAGAUUUGCUAAAGAUAUUUGUGUGUUUGCAAAACAUUAGCUGACUCUUCUUGUCCCAAGAAUGCAGUCUCUCAUUUUUGCUUUUUUGUUUCUAUGGCCCAAGUUGUAUAUUGUCCAUUCUAUAGUACUGUGGUGUCUUACUCUCAGAAAUGAUUAAUCCUUCACACCAGUGUCUCGGUGACCACUUUGAUGUCACCUGUAGGAAUACACCCCACUGACGAAGGUCGAUAUCUUAUUAUAUAAAAUGUCUACAUGGUCAUCUUUAGGUUCCAGGACAAAUCUUUAAUUUUAGAGAUCACUUCUGUCAGCCAGGGUGCAGAUUUUGCAAGCUGAGUGGAUAUACAUAUAUAUAUAAUCAUGUUCGUAUUUUUCCUCAAAGUUAUCAAUUACAUGCUUUUGUUUAAAAUAGUUUCUUUUGGAGGUAGGGUAGGGAUGUAUAUAAUUGAGGAAAAAAGAAUAUAUGUACUUCAAAGCGUGUCACAUUCUUAUUAGGUCUCUGUACUGAAGGUUCAAUUUUUUUAUAAGUUCACUUUUCACCUAUUCUUUGUGCAAGAGAAAUGCAUCUAGG